AUGUCACCAGAGACGGCAAGCAGCAGUCUGCCCACGGUCUCACCAUCAACACAAAAUGUGGUCGCAGCGCUUCCCCUAUGGCAGCGUCUGGGGCCGAUAACCCGCGUGGCUCAGGCAUAUGCACGAUCUCAGAAGAAAAGGCCUUAUGUGACUCAGACCAUAAGCAGCAUAUUCAUCUUCUUCAGCGCCGACAUUGUUGCUCAGAGUAUGAAUGAUGAUGAAUACGAUCCUGUGCGGACGGUGCGAAACGUCUUCAUCGGAGCGGGUACCGCCAUUCCGGCAUAUAAAUGGUUCCAGUUUCUCGCCAAAAACUUCAAUUACUCAUCUCGUGCGGCGUCUCUAGGAGUCAAAAUCGUCAUGAACCAGCUUCUUUUUGCCACGUAUAUGAAUGUCUACUUCUUCAGCAUGCAGGCCCUCCUCACCGGCGAGGGUAUCAACGGCGCUGUCCAGCGUGUCAGAGACACUCUGCUCACAAGCUGGAUCAAUUCCUGCAAAGUCUGGCCCUUUGUCAUGGCAUUCAAUCUUUCCUAUGUGCCACUGGAAUACCGAGCCCUCUUUGCCGGAAUGAUUAACCUCGGAUGGCAGGCCUAUCUGAGUCUCCUGAACAGGUGGGCAGAGCUUCGCCAGGCUGAAGCUGCACAGAUGGCUAUUCAGCCUGCGGCGAUUGCUCAAGCGGCAUGA